AUGGUCGUGGUGUCCAUGGCCAACUGGUGUCGGUGGUCAACUGAUGAGUUUGAGGGUGCUCAACUGGUGUCAAUGGCCAACUGGUGUCAGUGGUCAACUGGUGUCGAUGGUCAACCGGUGUCAGUGGUCAACUGGUGUCAGUGGUCAAGUGGUGGUGCCAGGGCCGGCCGCGGCGUGACCGAGGCCGCUCACCCGCCCUCCCCGCCCCCGGCGCAGGACAACAGCCGGCGCGUGGACAACGUGCUGAAGCUGUGGGUGAUCGAGGCGCGCGACCUGCCGCCCAAGAAGCGCUACUACUGCGAGCUGUGCCUGGACGACAUGCUCUACGCCCGCACCACCAGCAAGGCCCGCACCGACAACGUCUUCUGGGGCGAGCACUUCGAGUUCAACAACCUGCCCGCCGUGCGCACCAUCCGCCUCCACCUCUACAAGGACACCGACAAGAAGAGGAAGAAGGACAAGAGCAACUACGUGGGCAUGGUGAGCAUCCCCAUCGCCAGCGUCACCGGGCGCCACUUCGCCGAGCAGUGGUACCCCCUGAGCCAGCCCAGCGGCAGCAAGAGCAAGGCCGGGUGCCCGGCGCUGCGGGUCAAGAGCCGCUUCCAGACCAUGAGCAUCCUGCCCAUGGAGCUCUACAAGGAGUUCGCCGAGUACGUCACCAACAACUACCGGAUGCUCUGCGCCGUCCUGGAGCCCGUGCUCAGCGUCAAGAGCAAGGAGGAGGUGGCCUGCGCGCUCGUGCACAUCCUGCAGAGCACCGGCAAGGCCAAGGUGGGCACCGGGG